GUAAUGCUUAUCGCUGGCGGCUAUCGACCCGAAAAGAAUAUACUAUCCAAGUAUGUUGUGUCCAUACGCACGUCCCGGUCGACUGCAUAUUUUGGUGAUAAUCACUUUUGUGCUGGCUCCAUAAUUUCAGAACGUUUGGUGCUCACUGCGGCGCAUUGCGUUGUUGACCGUCGUAAGAUGGUUACUCGUCCGCAUCGCCUGCUCGUCGUUGCUGGCGCUCCGAAUCGUUUACUUAGAAUUUCGACCACUGUUGAACGCAAGGUGCAAAAGGUCCUACCACACAAUCAAUUCGUAUGGAAAGGAGUGCAUGAUAUUGCGCUUUUGUUGCUGGCUAAACGCUUUCCAGACGAUAAUGACAACAUCAAAGUAAUACCUCUGAUCAAUGAUUUUGUCACUCCCGGCACCGUGUGUCAAAUCGUUGGCUGGGGUCAGAUAUUUUUUCGUGGCCCAUAUUCGGCGAAUGCUUUAGUAGCAAAUGUAACAAUUUUCUCCUAUGAAUAUUGCCGAAAAGCCUAUCCACGCACUUUUCAUGAGUCUAUGCUUUGUGCUGGCAGAGAGAAUGAGUGGGAUAUCGAUGCUUGCCGUGGUGAUUCCGGUGGUCCGUUGAUUUGCAAUGGCCAUUCAGCCGCUAUUAUUUCGUGGGGUUCACAUUGUGGAGAAAACGGAAAGCCGACUGUUUUCACCAGUGUUCAUCAUCAUCGUCAAUGGAUCAAUUUUGCAA